CUCUGGUUGGCCUUGAAGAAGCAACUGCCAUGCUAUGGGGAGUGCCACGGGGCAGGCACAGCGGGAGGUCCUGGGAGCUGAGAGCUUAGUCCUAUAAUCACAUGGAGCUGAAUUCUCCCAGCAACCAUGAACUGGAGGAAGACUCGAAGCAGAAUGUUGUAGACUGCUCAGUUUGUGGUAACUUGUUACCCAGCUAUAGAAAGCAAAUACACAAAAGUCCUUCUGCUGAAUGUCAGGAUUCAUACUGUCUCUCCCCUCAGCUUCGUCUCUAUCUCACAGCACAAUCCCUAGAAUAAUCUGUGAAAAUUUAGCCCCUAGGAACAGAAAGUCUCAAUGCAUGUCUGUUGCAUUGCAUGGGUGAACGAAGGCAAGAAUGCAAAUAGCUGGAUACUCUGGAGUUUCUGCUUCAUGUGUUUCACUUUUCUCCAAGGUGUUCAUGCACAGGAUGCAGGUAAAGGUGCUCUGAUUUGGGGGAACACAAACCAACUUAGAGCCUUCAUACCAGUCUCAUCCACCAGUUGUAUCCUUUAAAAGGUCAGCUGCAUCAGAAAACGAGGACGCAGCGCUGUCCCUGGGGUUGGCUUAAGUGCAAGUUGGCUUGAACCCAAGGAGGAGGUCACUUUAUACCCAUCUGGAAGCAGCCAUAAGGUACAUGGCUAAGCCCUGGACACCUGCCGCACCUUAUGCAGGAUUCCACAGUCCCCCCUGGUGAAUUCUUGAUGGAUUUCACUCCUGAUUGCUGGCAAUUCCUGGGCAGGAGAGAUGGCCCUGAUCAGGCUGGGGUUUGGAACGCAGCAUCUUUGUCUGUUAAGGAGGAGGAGUUUCUUGCUGUCGAAACUCAUAGCCGUUGUCUUUGCUGCGCUUCUAUUCUGCGAAUUUUUAAUCUAUUACUUAGUGAUCUUUCGAUGCGAUUGGCCUGAGGUGAAAACUCCAGCCCACAACAGUGGACAAGAGACUCUGAAAGCCAUGUUUUUGGCUGAUACUCACUUGCUUGGGGAAAUACGAGGCCAUUGGCUAGACAAAUUACGAAGGGAGUGGCAAAUGGAGAGAGCCUUCCAGACAGCUCUGUGGUUGUUGCAGCCAGAAGUCGUCUUCAUCCUAGGGGACAUCUUUGAUGAAGGGAAGUGGAGCUCCCCCCAGGCCUGGGCAGAUGAUGUGGAGCGGUUUCAGAAAAUAUUCAGACACCCACGUCAUGUGCUGCUGAAGGUGGUUGCUGGCAACCAUGACAUUGGCUUCCACUAUCAGAUGAGCACAUACAAAAUAAAACGAUUUGAGAAAGUUUUCAACCCUGAAAGGCUGUUUUCUUGGAAAGGAAUUAAUUUUGUGAUGGUCAACAGUGUUGCCCUGGAAGGGGAUGGCUGCAACCUUUGCUCUGAAGCAGAAGCUGAAAUUAUCGACAUUUCUCACAAACUGAAUUGCUCCCGAGAGCAGGAACAUCACUCCAGCAGGUGCAUAGAUGAGCAGCCGCUGCCGGCGUCAGCCCCGGUCCUUCUGCAGCAUUUCCCCCUUUACCGGAGAAGCGAUGCUAAUUGCUCCGGGGACGACGCCGCACCUCUGGAAGAGCGGAACAUCCCCUUUAAGGAGAGAUACGAUGCACUUUCCCGGGAGGCCUCACAAAAGCUGCUCUGGUGGCUCCGGCCGCGGCUGGUCCUGAGCGGCCACACGCACAGCGCCUGCGAGGUGCUCCACGGGGUGGCGACCAUGGAGAUCAGCGUGCCAUCUUUCAGUUGGAGGAACAGAAACAACCCCAGUUUCAUCAUGGGCAUGUUGACCCCCACAGAGUACGCCCUUGCCAAGUGCUACCUCCCCUACGAGAACACCGUUCUGGCCACAUACUGUGUAGCAAUUGGGUUCCUUGUGGUCCUCAUGUUAGCUCACUUUAAGCUCCUAGCCUCGCCUCUUCUCUUUGGUUGGAACUUGCUCAGAAAACUUAAGACAACGUAAAGCGCAGGAGACGCUUUUGCAUUUCGUCACAAAUAACAAA